CUUGGAAACGGGCUGCUGUAUUUCGAUAUUGUAUUGUCGUAAAGCUUCCGAAUUGACUUGGGUCAGCCAGCCAUCAUAAGUAUAGGAGGUGACGCCUGAUUGAGCUUUGCGCUUCGGCGACAACAAAAGAGCAAUCAUGACGAGGGGAAAUCAGCGUGAACUUGCCCGUCAGAAGAAUGCCAAGAAACAAAACGAGCAUACCAAAGGGAAGAGAAAUGAAGAUGGCCUCUCAGCAGCUGCCCGAAAGCAAAGAGAUGCUGAAAUCAUGCAGCAGAAGCAAAAAAAGGCAAACGAGAAAGGGGACCCUAAAGGCAAAUAACCAGUGAAUGGCGCAUCGAUCGACAUGGCAUCCUGAUUUUUUUCUUUUGUCAAGAGAGACUAUCUGUCAUUGUGUAGAUGUGGAGACUUUGAUUCUUUAAUGUUUCAACCCAAACUCCAUAAUGUGCUUGAAAGGGCAUAUCAACUAUACAGUACAUAAUGAUUUGUGUUCAGUGAUGGAGGAGAGUUUUUUUUUAUGUUCGAAUAAUCAGAGCAAGCCCAAAUUAUGGGAAUCUCAAAAAUGUCUGGACUGACAUUGUAAUCUUGUAUUUUUGUAUUAAGUGCCCUUCUUAAUAAAAUGUACAUUUUAAUUCACACCUAGAAAUUAAACUUAUCCCUGUAACGUG